AUGAAGGAAAUUAGCUUUGGUAAGAAAAAUAAUAACAAGGCAAGCGCAUUAAAUAAGUAGCAGGCUUCAAAUUAAAUCAAGCAUUCAAUUGAGUUUAAGUUUGGAGAACCAGUAGGAUUAAGUGGACAUAUUUAAUUAAACAACAAGAUUAAAACUGAGUUGUAUAGCAAGUUUAACUUAUUUCCUAGAUGCCUUUUAUAGUAUAUGUUAAAAAGACCUGUCCAUAUUUUGAUUGUUUGCUAUUUAAUUGGAGUUAUUACUGCUGAUCCUGAUGUUUAUCUUUAUACAAAGCCUCACAUUUGGUUAAUAUUUUUUCUACCUCUUUUAUUAAGUAUUGCUCUCUAUACUUUUAAUGAGCAUUUUAUAGAUAAACAAAGAUAAAAGAGAGAUGAAAUAUAAAACAACCGUUUAUGCAAAUGCUUCACUAAACUUAUAAAAAACUACUCUAAUCUUUUAAAAAAGCUAAGAGAGGAUAUUAGUGAAAAAAUAAAGGAUGAAAUAAGUGAUAAAUUAGACUAACAUUUAAUAAGAGAAGUUAAAUGGGGAGAUUUGGAGGUUGGGGAUAUAGUUUUUCUCAAAAUUGGAGAAGUAGCUCCUGCUGAUUUAGUUUUACUUGACAGCGAAGAUGAUUAUGCAUGUAUCGAUACAUCACAAAUGAAUGGAGAUACAAAUAUAAAAACAAAAACACCUUUUCACCUAACAGAGAGCAAGAGAAACUCUGGUGUAAAUAAUAACCCCUUUGAAUUUAGGAAAAUGCUUUGUGGUAAAAUUGAAUAUGGAAAAAACUAGCCAGAUUUAAAUAAUUUCGAAGCUUUUAUAAAACUUAAAAAACACCCGAAUUGGGAAACUAUAACAAAUGAUAAUUUUAUUCCUCGAGGCUCUAAGCUUACAUACACUGAUUGGGUUUACGGAAUGGUUGUUUAUGUUGGUCUAAAUACUAAAUUUUAUUUAAAAUAGUUAAAAAAAGAAAAUUCAUCAUUAAUUAGUGCAAAAUACUGGAGUUUAGAUGAGACAAAGCAGCAAAUAUACUUUAUGGGUUUAUAUCUUAUUAUGAUCGCGUUUUUUAUUGUAAAUGUUAUAAUAUCUACAUCUUCUUUUUAUGUCGAAGACGAUCCAUUCUCUAAAAAAGUAUCAAAUAGUAAAAUCCGAAGUUAAAAUCUUUAGAUAGAAUUUUUUAAUAUGAUAAAUAUGCUCCCAGUAUAUUAUUUUUUAGUUAUUGAUUUCAUUAACUUUCUUCUUCUCUUGCAAAGAAGAUAGGCUUAAAAUAGAGAUUAAACUGUUGAACCUGAGUCUCAAAAUUUGUAAAUAUAAUCAGAUCCCAUGAAACUUACUUAGAUUUCUUAGAUGUCUCAUGUUUUUCUCCAUAAAAACACUUCUAUAAGUACAGGAAAACUAAAUGUUAGGACAAUAGGGUUUGGCAAUAAUAUUUUAUAUUAAUUUAAAAAUUAUGAGAGUAUAAAAGAUUAUGUGGUUAAGAACAAAGGUAGUUUUCAAAGAAUGAAGAAUAUAAUUGAAAAAGAAUUCAAAUUAAAUAUUUAAGAAUAAAGUGAAUCUGAAGAAGACUUAGAAAUUGAAGAUAAUACAAUAGUAAAUUUAAAACAAAGUUUAUAUUAUAAAGAAAAAUGUAACUCAACACGACAACUUAAAAAUAAACCUUUAAUUGGUGCUAAUAAAAAGACUAUUGCUUCUUUAAACUCAGAUACAUAGGAAGAAAUUGAGUUACCUAAAAAGUUAACUUCAAUCACUAAUUAGUCUUCAGUCAUGAAGCUGUUAAAGCUAGGAGAGUAUAAUUAAUCUGAGGGUUCCAAUAAUUUAUUUGAUGGAACAAGAAUGAGUAAUUCAUUAGCAGUUUCUAGGUUUGGCUAACCAAACUAAGGGAAUGGUUUUUUACUGAGUUUUACACAAAAUAAAAUUAUAGAGAGAUCUUAGGAGGUGGAUUUAGAUUAAUCAGAAAUUAUUUAUAAUGAUUAACCUUACUUUUAAAGAGGUUAUUCUGAGAGAGGGAAAAAAACUACUCAUUAUUAAUAAAAAACAAUUGUAAGAAAAACUAGAAUGAGUUAAACUGUAGUAAAAUCUAAGAAACCAAAAUCUCUGGGUAAAUACUUUGCUAGAAUAGAAUAAAAAGAUAUAUUGUCAGAUUAAUAUUCUACUACAAGAUCAGGUCAAGAAUAAAACAGUUUACAUUUAAUUUAAGAUUAAAAAAAGAAUUUAAAUGGUUAGCAAAUUGUGUACAAAGAAGCUUCCAGUUUGAUGAAUGCAGAAACGAAUAAUAAAAUUGAAAAUGGUGAUGCUAUUCAAACAGAUGAAAUAACAAAUACGUAAGCUAACCAAGUCACCCCAAAAAAUCAAAAUAUAAUAAUACCUGCAACAUAAAAUAGUGAAAAUAAAAGUCCAAAUUAAAAUACAAAUAGUUGUAAUGAAUUGAUUAAUGAAAAAAACUUUUAAAAUAGUAAUUAAAAGUUUAAUUUUUUGAAAAUAAAUAAUUUGUAAAAUGAGGCAGACAAAACCUUCAGUUAAAAUACUUUAUCGAACUAUAAUAAUCCCAAUAACACAAACGAAGAAAAUCGAGUGAAAAAAGAGCUAUAUAUUCCUGAUGAAAAUAACCAUACAAAUGAGAUUAUUGAUGAUAAUGCUAACUGGUAAAAUCAUUCUCUUACUAAAACGCAUUUCAGAGAAAAAGAAGAUGUUUCCAAAACGAUGAAAAAUCUUUUUAGAAGCUAGACUUCAAAUAAUAAUUUUGUUAGCCAAAAUCAUAUCAGAAACAAUAGCUUAGGCAUGACUGCAAGCUAAAAUAUAAAUAAAGAAGAAAGGUUUUUUUCACCUUUUAAAAACCCUCAUAGAGGUAGAGGUUCUGGUCGAAGCCCUAUUCUCAUCCCAUAAAUUUACAAUACUUAAGAUAUUUUAUCAAGAAAAAAAAAUAAUUAAAACUAAAAUUCUAAUCAUGUUAAAAGAAAUUUCGAAAUUCACUACAUUUCUUCCUAUGAUUUGAAAGAUGAGAAAGAUUAUUUAGAUUCUCUUUUUCAUCCUGAUGAUCAUAUUCAUAAUGAAGUUCUUGUAGCUAUGUCAUUGUGCCAAAUGACUCGUUCAAGAUACGAUUCAACUAGCAAACAGAUUGUAAACUUUCAUCAAACCCCUGAGGAGGAAGCAAUUAAUUAAUUUAUUUCUAACUUCGAUGUAUCUUUGAAGUGUAAGUCAGAAGAUAACAACAACACUAAGUAUGUAGUUUAAUUUUUAAACUUUUACACUAAUUAUUAGAUUCUUGCAAUCAUGGAGCCCACAAAAAAUAGGAAAAGGUUUUCUAUAUUAGUCAGAGAUCCUAAUACUUUGUCAAGCUAGGAUGUUUCUAUUUUAUAUGUAAGGUAAGAGCUAGAUAUAACUAAAUCGAUACCUAGCAAUUUUAAUUUAACUAUUUCAUAGAUCGAAUAGGUUGAUAAAACCUACAAAAACAUGCUUUUGCAUGGCAACUAAGUAAUUAUUUAUGGGAAAAGAGAAUUUACUGAGUCUGAAACUUAAGAUAUAAUUUAAAGCUACAAUAAUUUAUACAACAAUGUAGUUGUAGAUGAGCAGAUUAUAGAAAAUUUGUUUGAUUAAUUAGAAAGCGAAUUAGAUCUAUUGUGUUUAAUUGGUUUAGAAGAAGAAAUUCUUCCAGAUGUCAAAGAAACAAUUGAAAUGAUUGAGUAAAGAAAAGUUAAGCUAAAUUUAUUUUCGUCAGAUAAAAUUAACAAGGCACUUCCUCUUGGAUUUAAUAUGGGACUGCUCACUUCUAUGUCUAAAUUAACUUUUCUAACUUAAAGUGAUCCUGAGAGUUUAAAAUAUGAUAUUAAAGAAUAAAUAAAAGAAAUUACUAUAAGUCUCAAAGAUGGCCAAAAUAAUAGUUAAAAGUCCAAAAGAUAGUCAUUAAAUUCUUCGUUAAUAAAUAGAAAAUCUCUUUAAAACCGGAGAGUAAGCAUUUAUAGCAUGUCAAGAACAGAUUAUUUGAAAAACUUUAUGAUUAUUGUUACUUAGCAGUCAUUAAAAGUCAUUAUGGAAGAUGAUUUCUUAAAGCAACAUUUUGCAUUUGUGUACCAUUUCAGUAAAGGACUAAUUGGCUGUGAGCUUACUUAUGAGCAAAAAAACGAACUUUAUUCUCUAAUUAGAAUGAUGAGUUAAGAGGAUUGCAAAAUUAUUUCUAUUGGCUAAGAUAAUAUUAACAGUGAUGCUGAUAUAAAUAUAGAGACAAGAGAAACUUACAAAAUAAACUGUGAUGCAAGAGUUUUUUCAUUUAAGGGAUUGUAAGAACUUCUAUUUUACACAUCUCGAAUUCUCUUGGAAACAUAUGAUUAGAUCCUUUUAUAUACUUUAAACAGGUGCUUAAUAGUUGGAUUUUUAUGGCUUAUAAUAAGAUCUACGUAAUAAAAUGAUAUGAUGAUUUCUUUUAGAUAAACCAUUUUUUAUCAUUUGCCUUUUUACGUAUUCGGAAUAUUUAAUAUUCUAGUAGAUAAAGGAUGCAUACCAUGGAUAAGUCAGUUCUAUCAUAGAAAUCCACAAUAAGAAUAAGAACCUAAUUUGAGUUUAAAUUUUAUCACUCAAACUUAAGCUCCUUUAAAAAGCGACUAAUUUCUAAAGUAUAAGUCUUUAACAUACAAAGAGUUUUAAAUAAAAAGUGAACAGGAUUUUCGUUUAAUAAGCAGUUUUUGGUAAUUCAGCAGUGCCUAAUCCUACUUUUAAUACACAGCACUUUUAAAGAAAUUUAUAGCUAGUUGCUUAAUAACUUCUUUGAUUGAAGUUGGAGUGUUUAUAUUCUGUGUAUAUUUUUUUGGCAGUCUUUAAAUGAUUUCAGGGUAAAUUUUACCAACUCAAUUCUCAAUCAGGGCUCUCUUUUUAGUCUUUAAUUGGGUAGGAUAGAUAAGAGUAGCACUUAAUUCAUACGACUACACACUUAAAUAAUUUUUAGUAUCAUUUCUAUUCAUGUUUGGGAUAUCAAUUAUCUAUAUUUUUGUAGAUGUUGAUUCAUAAGAAGAAGUGCUUAUUAAUGAAGCUUGGGGAUCCCCUGAACUGUGGGUUUUGUUGGCUUCAAUAUUGUGUUUUUAAACUUUGUUUAUGAUUGCAAUAUAGACAAUAGAAAUAAAAUAUUUAUUCAUCGGAAUAGAGUUAUUGAGAGAUUUAACUAUUUCUUAAUUCAACAAGAUAUUAAUGUAAGCCUAAGAAAUUAAGCUAAAAACUGGAAAAAAAAUAGAUUCUUCUUCUUUCAACUUAAUGAUAUUUAUAAAGAAAUUGUUUGCUAAUGUUGAUAUGGAUUUAACAAUAUAAUAAUUGCUAAAUCCUGAAAAUUCUAUAGUUAACAAUACAAAAAUCAAUCGCUUCACUCUAAGCUUUGUUAAUGACGAUGCAUAAAAAAGGUUUGAAGAAGAAGCCUAUCCAUUUUGUAUCAAAUACUCUAACUAUAGCUUCUACACUUAUUUUUUCAAUUAAGUAUAUUUCUUGAUUUAGUAUAAUAGUCUGAUACUAAAUUCUAUAGUUAAUGGUAGUGCAAAUGCACAAAAUGUGAUUUAAGAAAGGGUUUAUUUAGCUAUUUAUGUAUUUUUGAAUUUCAUAUAAUUAGUGCAGCAUUCUUACUUUUAUUGCCUAUCUUCAAAAACAAAAACGUACGACCAACUAAAAGGUGUCCUCUUAAGGAUAUCUAUUGUUAGAUUGCUGCUUUAUAUCGAAAUAGUAUUUAUUUGCUAAAGCUAAAAAUUCAUUUCAUUUUUUAUUUUACUACUAUACUCAAAUGUCUACUUUACCACAAUCCCUAUACACUAUAUUUUCAUUCAAAAUAUGAUACUAAUUAUUAUUUAUAUAACCCUUAAAACGAUUUAUUUGCUUGAAAAUUAAAGCUACUCACUUAUUGUCUUUUAGCCUUUUAUCGUAUUCUCAUUUUUUUUAUACAUAAUUUCUCAAAAGUACUUAUUUUAGAAAAGGUAAAAGAAAAAUUUUAUACAAUAAUAUGAAUUAAAUAUUCAAAAUAAAAAAAUUAACGAUGUGCUGGAAAUUCUAUUACCAAAAUUCAUAAUUAAUCGCAUUAAAUCAAACGAUCCAAACAAGCCAUUUAGAUUCUAAGAAAAAUAAGGUGAAGCUAGUAUAAUAUUCUGUGACAUUUGCCACUUUGAUGAUAUAAUCAAAGAAAAAAAUGAAAAAAUUAUUCCUUUUCUCGAUAAAGUUUUCAAGAAUUUUGAUUAGUUUUGUGCUCGCUAAGGUCUACAAAAAAUAGAAACAGUUGGAAAAACCUAUAUGGCAUCAGCAGGUUUAAAGGACUUCGAAGACUAGGUCGAUAUAAGAUAGAGAGAAAUUGAUCCUGUUGAAAGAGCUGCAAAUUUAGCAUUAGAAAUGCUUGACUAUGUUAAAGAUUUAAAAUGGAGCUAAAAUGGUAAAAACUUAGAACUUAAAAUAGGCAUACAUUAUGGCUAAGUAAUUGCAGGUGUUAUUGGACAUCAUAAACCAUAGUUUUCACUCAUUGGAGAUACUGUAAAUACUACAAGUAGAGUUUGCUCUAAAGGCAAUCCUAGUGAAGUAACUAUCAGUGAACAAGCCUUUGAGAAAAUUUAAGGAAAAACAAAUUAAUUUUUUUUUUCUGAUCCUAAAACUGUAUUUGCCAAAGGCAAAGGAGAUAUCACUCUCUAUACUCUUAAAAAAUUCAAUCCAGCUAUCCAUAAAAAAAGAUAAACGGUAAUUAAACCAAAUAAAAUCAAAGAAGAAAUCCUAAAUCUUAAAGUACUACCUCCUAUCACUAGUUUACCUCCUUAAUUUAAAAAAAGAUCACAAAAAAGAAGUUUUACAACAAAAUAUAAUAUUCAUAUUAAUAAUGAAAUUAACUAACUCAUUCCUAGUGGAGAUUCUAAAGAAAGGAUUUUAGAAAAACAAUAGACUGUUAAAGUGUCAAAGAUUAACAAUUUAAAAACAGAAUAAAAUUUAAAUAGCUCAAUUAGAUAAAAGAAUAAAACAUAAUAUGACUAAGAUGUUUAACAAAGAAGCUAGAGAUCUUAGACAAAUGAAAAAAUGUCCAACAAUUCUAAAAUUAUUUAGGAAAGCAAUACUAAUAUUGUUCAUGGAGAUAAUCAAUUAAUUAUUAGCCCUACCAGUCCAUAACAGCAAAAUUUAUAAAGUAUCAGAAAUAAAAAUAUGAGUAGCUUCCACAAGUAGAACUAAACAAAAUUUAUUUCACAUAGUCAAACUUAAAAUUAAAAUGUAUAAGAAAAUCACUAAGUUAAUAGAGAAUUUUAAGCAGUAAGGAUGUAUAGAUAGGAUAGUAUUAAAUUAGCUGUAAUACCGUUAAAGGAGAACGAAGAUGAAAACUCUCCUACCCGCGAAAUUUAUAAAAGAACUUUAAAUAUCCAAUCUCCUAUCGGGGUAACCUCUAAUUCUAAUGGAAAGUAUAAAAGAUCAGGUGUUAUUCACUCAGGUACGUUUUAUGCUGCACAAACAAGCUAGCAAUAAACUAACUAACCUAAUAAUUAAAAUAUUUAAAAUUCAAAUUAAAAUGGAGGAAGUAAACUUAAAUUAACCUUAUCAGGUUUUUAAUAAAAUAAAUCUUAAGCAGUUUAAACACAUUUGAAUUCUUAGAUGCUCACUGAAAGUUUACAAAAUUUAAGGUCAUAUGUAGUAGGUCAUCCAGCUAAACAAGGAUAGAGAGUUAGUUAAUAGUAUAAUGCUGUAAGCUAGUUAGCAACUGAUUGUAGAUAAGACAUAUAUUUAAAAUGUCUCCAGAAAAAUUAAGAAAAUUUUAAAAUAGAUCUUAAAAGAGCUUAGCAAUUUCUUCUUAAUGAUAAAGACGAUGAAAAUAGAUUCUUAGAAGGAUAAUAAGAUUUUUAUGUGUUGAGCAUUAGAGAUGUGUUUUAUAAGACAUAAGAUUAAGAAGCAGUGGAUGAAUUUUAUGCUAAUCUUGUUGAAAGUCAAUAGUAAAACAUAAAGUAUUAUCUUGGCUUGGCACUGAUUAUAUGCUUUUUAAAAAUAUUAAGUCUUAUUUUGAUUCUUUUAACUGAUAGUUAUAACUAAAAAAUCGUUGGAGCAUAUAUAGGAUGCAGGAGUGCAAUCUUAAUUUUGAUUAUCCUUUUCAUUAUAAAAAAUCAAUCAAUAAUUUAAUCUGACAGACUGGAAUAAUUUAGAAUAGCUGAAAUUAUAACAUUUAUAUUAUUCAUUUUAAUUUUAACAAUUUCAACAAAUGAAAUUGUUUAUUUCUAGAAUUAUUACUUUUCAAUUUAAAUACUUGAAUAAAUAAUGUACUACAUCAUAUUCGCUAAUUUAAAUUACUUAAAGCUUAUUUUCAAAUCUCUUCUUACUGUAGCAACAAUCAUAACUCUUACUAUUAGCUAAAUUUUAUCUGGGACCUAAGAUUUUAGAAGUUAUUUAACAAUUUACUACUUCUAUAUCUACACUUUGAUUUUACAUGCCUAUAAAUAUUAUUUGAUAUUUUCUCUUCAAGUCUAAAAUUAUAACACAAUGAGAAUUUUAGAUGCCAAAAAAUAGUAGAAAGAUAAUUUAGUCAGAAAUCUAAUACCUAAGCAUCUCUUAGAUUAUUUUAAUGUUAAAUCUAUUGCUUAGUAAACAGAUCUAUGUGAUGUUUUUGAAGAAGCAACUCUCUUAUUUGCAGACAUCACAGAUUUCACUAAAUAUUGCUCAAUGAGAAAUCCUGAGGAGGUAGUAAACAUGCUUUCGAAUUUGUUUUUAAAGUUUGAUAUGAAAUGUUAAGAAUUGAAAUGCUUCAAAGUUUAUACAAUAGGUGAUUGCUAUGUAGUUUUAGGAGUGGAUAAUGCAAAAGAAAGAAAUCCUGCUAAAGAGGCAAAUAAUGUUGUUUAAAUGGGUUUAAACAUGCUAGAAAUAAUUAAAUAAGUUAGAUCAGAAGUAAAUUUUGAAACACUCAACAUGAGAAUAGGCAUUCAUACUGGAUAAAUUAUUGGUGGUAUCACUGGAAGUGAUAUUGUUAGAUAUGAUAUUUAUGGAACAGAUGUUAUGUUAUCAAAUAAGAUGGAGUCUAAUGGUGAACCAGGUAAAAUUAUGGUAAGCCAAACAACUAAAGAUUUGUUAGAGAGUGCGUAUGGUUCAUACUAUUAAUUUUAGCAAGGAAAAGAAGUACAUGAUAUUUAAGGAUAUUUUAUAUAAAGAAGAAGUGAAUCUGAAAGUAAUUUGUUAGCUAACUAAUAUGAAUAACACCAAUAUUAUGAAGGGGAUUAUCCUGUGUUCAUAUAAGAUGACCAUUUAGAUGAGUUAUAAGAAAGCGAUAAUGGGAGUAAAAGUAGUAAAGAAGUACAUAUUAAUUAAUUUGGAGACGAGAUUAUUGGAGAUUAUGAAAAUCAAAACAACAACUAAAAUGAGUAAUCAAAUGAAAUAAAUGAAUAAGAUAUUCAGAAUGGUGAGUGA